AUGUUUGAGAUGGAACCCAAAGAAACAGAGCCACCUCGAAAACAAUUGAGACAGCCUCCUUCUGUUCCUUUCGUUUGGGAAGAACGGCCUGGCUUCCCCAAGAAGAACUGGCAGCCUUCACUAGCCACCUUCGUGCCUUCUCCUCCUCCGCUUCCGCCACCAGUCCCAGUCCCGGUUAAGCUGAUCACGUCGGUUCCUUUCCGUUGGGAAGAGACGCCUGGAAAGCCACUCCCUUCUUCCUCAGAUUGCCCACCUCAGCUUCCACAUCCACCAUUGGAAACCGCCGCAACUCCUCCAUUACCACCACCGGUUCCAGUUCCAGUUAAGCUGGUUACAUCGGUUCCAUUCGUUUGGGAAGCAACUCCUGGACAACCAUAUCCUUGCUUUGUUGAUACCAACCCACCUGAGCCACUGGAUCAAUCGCUGCCACCGCCUCCCAUGUACGGUGAAGUUGAAACCAGCAGCGAUACUUAUGAUGACGCAAGCAGCGAUUCCUUCAGUUCUGUGCCGUCUCUACUAGCAGCAAACCAUUCAGUUUCGAUAUCCAGUGUUGUGGCGGUGGAUGAAUUUGAUGACAACCUGAAUAGAGAAAUGAUCUCGAUGCCAACAUCACCGGUUUAUGAAUCUGAUGACAGUACGAGCAGUUACAUGACGGGAGUUUCCAGCCUUGUGGGAGCUUCGUUCUUGGAAAAGCUCUUUCCACGUCUUCUUCCACAGGAAAAGGUUAAAGCUGCUGAUUCUGAGGAUGUUCAAGUUACUACUACUCAUCCGUUGCGUGAAGAACUGAAGCAUACUACAGCUUCUGACAACAUGAACAUUGGUUUUCCUGUGAGGACGCCGCAGACACUAGGCGAGCUGAUAAUGAUGAGCCGAAGGAGAAGCUAUAUGAGAAGAGCUGUUGAAAUGAGCAAGCAGAAUCCUUCCAUGGAAUUUACAAAGAAUGGAGCUGAGAGUUGCUGCAUCAAAAUGAUAGAAGGACUUGAGUGGAAAAAAUACCAACCGAGGCUGAAGCUCAUUUAG